AUGGUGAGAGUCCUGACUAGUGUUGUCGGAGACUAUGGAAACGCGAAGGCUGGAGCCAGCGGCACUGGGCCAGCUGUGUUUACACGAGAAGGCUACACAAUUGAAGCACAAGGAUUUGAGAGCAAGACUAACUCCUCGCUGAGUGCUCAGGUGAACCGCACACCGCCGUCUCCGCGCCGAGCGAGCCGCAGCAAGGUUUCACUGCCUUCAUUCCGGUUGCUGAUGGUUCAAAUGGAUGAAGGAGACAAAUCGGAUCCCAACUGCUUUGGGUGGGACCGGAGAGCCAGGGCUUCUGCGUGGAUGGCUGUGCCUCUGAAGCCAGGCCACGUGUGGGGCUUAAAUUUAUUGUUCUUACAAAACCUAGAGCUGAGGCUGGGCUUCCUCGGUGUCAGUUGGCAGGGACAGGCCAGCUUUGACCUGCCAGCGCUGCGCGUGGUUUGGGACGCAGAUAUUUGGGUGUCCAGGAGGGCUGGGGACGUGCAGAUCCCGUUGGUCUGGGUGUGGGUGCACGGAAAGCUCCCCAAAGCCCCUGUUGUGAUUCGGCCCUUGCCUCUUUCCUUGCAGUCCGCAGCGGAGUACGUGAAGUCCCGGCUGCCGGAGGUGCUGAAGCAGCAUCUGCAGGACUACGAGAGGGACAAGGAGAACAGCGUGCUCUCCUACCAAACCAUCCUGGAGCAGCAGAUUUUAUCGAUUGAUCGAGAAAUGCUGGAAAAAUUGACUGUCUCCUAUGAUGAAGCAGGUACAACGUGUUUGAUCGCGCUGCUCUCCGAUAAGGAGCUCACGGUGGCCAACGUUGGCGAUUCGCGAGGAGUCCUGUGCGACAAGGACGGGAACGCCAUCCCCCUGUCCCACGACCACAAGCCCUACCAGCUCAAGGAGAGGAAGAGGAUUAAGAGGGCUGGUGGCUUCAUCAGCUUCAACGGCUCCUGGCGCGUGCAGGGGAUCCUGGCCAUGUCCCGCUCGCUGGGAGACUACCCUCUGAAGAACCUCAACGUGGUAAUUCCUGACCCCGAUAUUCUCACCUUUGAUCUGGACAAGCUGCAGCCAGAGUUCAUGAUCCUGGCCUCCGAUGGGCUCUGGGAUGCUUUCAGCAACGAGGAGGCCGUCCGAUUCAUCAAGGAACGCUUGGAUGAGCCGCACUUCGGUGCCAAGAGCAUCGUCCUACAGUCAUUUUACAGAGGAUGCCCUGAUAAUAUAACAGUUAUGGUGGUGAAGUUCAGGAAUAGCAGCAAAACAGAAGAACAGUAAUUCACAGUGGUUCUCUGCCUCACUCUGAACUUAAAACAAACUCUUAUGUUUUAAACAUAGUAGAAAGCCCUAGUAAAUACCAUUAGGAUUUUACACAAAAGCAACAGAUCCCUCUGGUCUUUUU